AUGAAGUUGUCAACCAAUCAGCCCUGCAGGGCAGACGGAGAGGGCUCCGAGUCGGAUCCCCCCCUGCCAAACCCCUUCGUUCACGAGCUGAAAUUCAACCUGGCGGAGAAAAUCAGGAUAGCGCUGAUGUCUAUGACGGUAUUCCCUGUUCGGCUGCUGUUGGUGGCCUUCCUCAUGCUCCUGGCCUGGCCAUUUGCCUUCAUGGCCUCCCUAGGACGCUCUCGGUUUACUGUGGAGCCACAGUCAUGGUGGAGGAGGCUAGUUGACCUCUCCCUGCGGGUGAUCAUGCGGGUCAUGUGGUUCUGCGGAGGUUUCCAUUGGAUUACAGUGAAAGGGAAGCGGGCGAUGCCCUCUGAGGCGCCCAUUCUCACCCUGGCACCACACUCCUCUUACUUUGACGCCAUCCCUGUCACCAUGACGAUGGGCUCUAUAGUCACCAAACUGGAGAGCAAGAGCAUCCCUGUCUGGGGCACUCUGAUCAACUACAUCAGGCCCGUAUUUGUGUUCCGCUCUGACCAGGAUUCUAGGAGGAGGACUGUGGAUGAGAUCAAGCGGAGAGCUCACUCCAGAGGGGAGUGGCCCCAGAUCAUGAUAUUCCCUGAGGGAACGUGCACCAACAGAUCGGGCCUCAUCAGAUUCAAACCCGGUGCAUUUAUACCAGCGCUUCCAGUGCAGCCAGUGGUCCUCCGGUACCCCAACAAACUGGAUACUGUUACUUGGACGUGGCAAGGUCCUGGAGCGUUCAAAAUCCUGUGGCUUACUCUGUGCCAAAUACAUAACCCUAUGGAAAUAGAGUAUCUACCUGUGUACACUCCUUCAGAUGAAGAAAAAAGCGACGCUGCUUUGUUUGCCAAUAACGUCAGGCAGCUCAUGGCCAGUGCGCUGAAGCUGCCGCUCACAGACCUGUCCUUCGACGACUGCCAGCUGAGUCUGUCACGGGGCCCCCUGGGUAUCCCCUCCAACAGCAGCCUGCUGACGUUCAACCGCCUGGUGUGUCGUUUGGGGCUGAGAGCAGGGACCACAGACCAGAUGCUGGAGCAGCAGGCUACCAGAGCCAGAAAGCUGCAUGAUGACAGGCUGGGCCAGGAGGACUUUGCCCUGUACCUCAACCUGCCAAUCACAGAUACACUCUCACAAGUGCACAGCCUCUUCAACCAGGAUGGAGAUGGACGGAUUGAUAUCAGGCAGUAUGUACUCGCCCUGUCUGUCGUUCGCCGACCAUUUAAAGCCAUGGAAACCCUCAAACUGGCCUUUAAGAUGUAUGCGAGUGAGGAAAAUGGGACGGUUGAGGAGGAGGACCUGGACACCAUCUUGAAAACAAUGUUGGGAACGACGGAGGUGGAUUUGACUCGACUCUUCGUAGCGGUGGACCCAGACAUCACAGGGAAGUUUACAUACGAUGACCUCCACCAUUUUAUUAAGCAGCAUCCAGACUUUGACCAGCAGUUCAUCACCUACUCCAACGUCCCCCGCCGUGGCUGUUUCAGCCGGAGCAACGGCUACGACAGCCAGACCCACAAAAGGAAGAACGACUGA